UCACCUCUUCGAAUCCCAUAAACUCAAAAGGAGAAAUCGAUCUCCGAAGGUCGCCCCAGAACUAGGUUUUGCUCACCAACCCCGUCAACAAUGGCUAUGGCUGUUUUCCGUCGCGAAGGGAGGCGUGUCCUCACUUCGGUGUCUCCUCGCCCAAUCGCCGCCGUCCGAUCCACCGCUCCAAUCUCGUCUCCUGAGAAUGAUGCGCCUCUGGGAGUUCGCUUUGCCUCUACCCAAGCGGUGCGGAACCGUAUGAAGAGUGUGAAGAACAUCCAGAAAAUCACAAAGGCAAUGAAGAUGGUUGCUGCUUCAAAGUUGAGAGCUGUUGAAAGUAGAGCUGUGAAUUCCCGUGGGCUUUGGCAGCCAUUUACCGCACUUCUUGGAGAUACUCCCAGCGUUGAUGUAAAGAAGAGUGUGAUCGUCACUAUCUCUUCUGACAAGGGUCUCUGUGGUGGGAUUAACUCCACUUCUGUUAAAGUGAGCAAGGGUCUUAAUAAGUUGUCUUCUGGUCCUGAGAAAGAAGCGAAAUAUGUCAUUGUGGGAGAGAAAGCAAAAGCUCAAUUGAUACGUGACUCCAAGCAGCACAUUGAGCUUUCCAUAACAGAUGUGCAGAAGAAUCCACUGAACUACACCCAGGUUUCUGUCCUGGCUGACGAGAUCCUGAAGAACGUGGAGUUUGAUGCUUUACGUAUUGUCUUCAACAAGUUCCACUCAGUGAUGUCGUUCCUACCAACCGUGUCCACUAUUUUGUCUCCCGAGAUGGUUGAGAGGGAGGCUGAAUCCGGGGGAAAGCUUGGGGAGCUCGAUUCAUAUGAGAUCGAAGGUGGUGAAACAAAGGGCGAGAUACUGCAAAAUUUGGCCGAGUUCCAGUUCUCAUGUGUAAUGUUCAACGCGGUGCUGGAGAAUGCAUGCAGUGAGAUGGGAGCCAGGAUGUCUGCCAUGGACAGCUCCAGCAGAAACGCUGGAGAUAUGCUUGACCGUCUCACCCUCACUUACAACAGGACUCGUCAGGCGUCUAUCACAACCGAGCUCAUCGAGAUUAUAUCAGGAGCAUCAGCACUUGAAGAAAAGCACUGAGAUCCCAAUCCCGACCUGUGCGCCUCUUGUUUGCUAAUUAAUCUCUCCCUGAUGAUGAAGAAGAGUUCAUUUCAACUUCCCUUGCCUGUUUCUUUGCCCAAGAGAUUCCGAUAAUUAAUAAUAACAGAGCCCCGUCUGCUAUUUUAAGCAGUGCGUGAAGAAUUGUUGGGAUUCACGUUUUGGUCGGCAAUCUCUGUUUCUCAUCUUCUCUUCGUGUUGUGUUCAACAUGGGACCAUAUACAUACAUACAUAUAUAUAUAUAUAUAUAUGUAUAUGCAUACUUUAAUGUCAAAUCUUUUCUCUUU